AUGGGGUUCCGCGGGGUGGGAAUUGUGCAGGGGGUAAACCCUUACAAACCUCCAUGCAUAGAUGCUGAAAAAUAUGUUUGCGUUCCGAAUUCUUGGCUAAGAUUAUGUGAAACAUCAGAUAGUGAAGCUCUCGUUAAAUUUCCUUGCGAAGAACUAUCAGAAAUAAAGCGAUGUGCUAAGAAUCAAGAAAUCUUAGAAAACUGGAAAGUUUUAUUGGCUGAUAUAAAGUACAGUACCAACUCCUAUAAAGACGCAAGCAACUAUAUCAAGAUAUUAAAUAAAAUAUCCGAUCAAGAUCAGAGCAGCACGAAAAUAGUCGAAGAUGUGCCAUCAACAUCGGAAAAGAGUUUACUCCAAUCACAAUCGAGCUCAAAAACAAACAAAGUCCGUACAACUUCAACUCUAAACAGUGAUGCGGAACCAGUGAGUAAUGAAAUACCAAAACAAAUUGACUUAACUAAUGCCGAAGUAAAAAUAGGCCAAAAGAAAAGUAAAGUUGAAACUGCCGAUUCUUCCCCCAAAGCCAGAAGAUAUUUGACAAGAGAUUCACUCAGAAUAUCUUUAUCAGGCAAUAAUACCGUUAGUUUGCCAGAUCAAACUGCAAAAGAGAAUCUUCCGACAACUAGCCAUUGUGUUAAAGGGAGCGAUAAGAUUAACAACAACCAAGAAAAUGAACCAUCAGCACAGAACAGUUCAGAGUUAAAGAGAAAAUGGCAAAUUAUAAUGGCUCUACGGUCAGUCUUUGGUGAUAACUUCAAAGAAAUAUUGGAACGACUUCAUAGUGAGUAUGAAAAAAACCAAUUACUGUUAGAGAAAAUGCGGCUUGCGUUUAUGGAAAAUUGUAAGAUCUUAAAAGACUUCAUUGAGGUAACUAAUGAAAUCUGUAAUGGUCCUGAUAUUAGUGAUCUAGAUUCUGUAGUCGAAGAAUUAGAAAAUAGAACGAUGGAAAUAAAUAUAAAUGAAAACAAUCCAGAUAAAGCAACCGGAUCAAAAGUACAAAAUGAUACUCGAAAAAAGGAAGAGAAGAAACACAACAGUGACGGUUCAGAAGUUAAAAAUAAUAAUCCACUGAAUAAGAUCCGAGACAAAGCGCACAAGUUUACUUUACCACCAGAGUAUGAUCCGAAUGACUCAAGAUGGACCCUAAAGCAUCGGGAAAAGAAAAGUGGUCUCGUUGAACUCCUACCACAGUCACAGGUGUACAUAGACGCCAUUCAACUAAGCAAUUGUAACAUAAUGUCGCAAGACAGCAAAAUCCUUGCACGAAUGUUGUUACUAGAAAUUUUUACCAAGAAUGCACUAAGCGUUUGUUCUCUAACUGGAAAAAAAGCCAAUGCAUUCGAAGGACCAAUAAGGCCCGGUCUAGAUGAACAUGCAAGAACUGUUUUAUUGAACUAUGUUAAGAAAUAUGCGGCUGAAAAAAAUUGGGCUGAUUUUGAUAGGCAGCUGGUUGUGAACAGUAUUCGUAACAAAAUGCAAGAAAUGAGAGGCAAAUAUAAAAAAAUAGUCGAAAAAUAAUUAGGCUAUAAGGAAAUAUUGCUGGCGUGAUGGAUGGCGUCAUUUAAUUAAUUAGCUGAUUGAAGUUGUAACAGGGAAAAUCGAACUUCCCAGGGUCAUUAUCGACCAGUUAAUUGACGCCACGGUAGGUAAGGGCUCUCCUUUACCUUUCGAUUUUGACAAGUAGUUUCAACUUGUCACCAGGCGUGCAAAUCGAAAGUCCCCACUGCUGUCCCCGGAAAAUGAAGCAGGGCGUAACAAU